GAAACAAAACGUGUAGGGGCAUUUCAAUAUACGUUAGAUAUCCGUGUCUGACAUUCUGUGCACAAUAGCCCAUUGCAACUUACCUCACUUUGCAUGGGAUAUAUCUAAACAUAGGCAUAUCAUGGCGGCCAUAUUGUGGGAUGCGUAGGCUACUCUCGGUGAGGAGGAGGAGGCACGCCAACUGUGAAAGCUUUGGUAUUCCUCGGCCACUUGGGUGUCUUUUGUCAUGUAGCCUAGCCUUAUUCCAAUCUCUACCGGUUCCGGUUUAAAGGUUUUUGUUAGUCAUUGCUGAUAUCCAUUAUUCUUUUCUGACCCAUCUACAUAUAUUUUUGACGUGUUUUCCCAAUGAUUUGGUGAUAUAAGAUAUUCAGUUUGACAGAAGGAGUUUAUAAGGCUACUUUAAUGCAGCCUAUUAUUUACCAUUUCUUGGCGGAGGCUAAGUUAUAUGAAAACGGGAUGGGACCGACCGUGAUUUCAAGUUUUGUAUAGGUUAACAAAACCACUUGGACUACCCUGAAUCCGUAACUGGAGUUCGGCUGUGUCGACAACGUAUGUAGCCUAACCUCCAAUAAAGGAAAUUGUUUUUCCAAAAGGCUUGACUAUGGGUUGUGUCAAGAGCAAAGAGGACAAGGGCCCUGGGACAAAGUACCGGCCCGCUGACUCCAACUCCACCAAUUUGAGCCCACACAUGGGCCACUAUGGUCCAGACCCCACCCAGAUGGGCCAGUCGCCGGCCCUCAAGGGCCCUGUCAACAGCUACAACAGUCACCCCAGUGUCCUCACCCCCUUUGGAGGUUCCUCCAACUCCAACGUCAUCACUCCAUUCGGUGGGGCGUCGUCCUCCUUCUCCACGGUUGCUGUGAGCAAUCCCUUUCCAGGUGUUGUCACAGGUGGUGUGACAUUCUUUGUGGCCUUAUACGACUAUGAAGCCAGGACGUCAGAUGACCUUUCAUUUAAGAAGGGAGACCGCUUUCAGAUCAUCAACAACACAGAGGGCGACUGGUGGGAGGCGCGUUCUAUCAACACGGGGAAGAAGGGCUACAUUCCCAGCAAUUACGUGGCUCCAGCCGAUUCCAUCCAGGCGGAAGAAUGGUACUUUGGGAAGAUGGGCCGCAAGGACGCCGAGAGACUGCUCCUAGUCCCUGGGAACCAGCGAGGCACUUUCCUGGCGCGAGAGAGCGAGACGACGAAAGGAGCGUUCUCGCUGUCCAUACGGGACUGGGACGAGGUGAAGGGGGACAAUGUGAAACACUACAAGAUCCGCAAGCUGGACAACGGAGGCUACUACAUCACUACCAGAGCCCAGUUUGACACACUACAGAAACUCGUGAAGCAUUAUACUGAGCAUGCCGAUGGCCUGUGCCACAGGCUGACAACUGUAUGCCCGACAGUGAAGCCCCAGACCCAGGGCCUGGCCAAGGACGCCUGGGAGAUCCCACGGGAGUCCUUGCGGCUGGAGGUCAAGCUGGGACAGGGCUGCUUCGGAGAGGUGUGGAUGGGCACCUGGAACGGCACAACCAAGGUGGCCAUUAAGACCCUGAAGCCGGGCACCAUGUCCCCAGAAGCCUUCCUGCAGGAGGCCCAGAUCAUGAAGAAGCUGCGGCACGACAAGCUGGUGCCCCUCUACGCCGUGGUGUCCGAGGAGCCCAUCUACAUCGUCACCGAGUACAUGGGCAAAGGGAGUCUGCUGGACUUCUUGAAGGAGGGAGAGGGCAAAUAUCUAAAGCUGCCUCAGCUGGUGGACUUGGCCGCACAGAUUGCAGACGGCAUGGCUUUCAUCGAGAGGAUGAACUACAUCCACAGAGACCUGCGGGCAGCUAAUAUCCUCGUCGGGGACAACCUCGUGUGCAAGAUCGCUGACUUUGGCCUGGCCAGACUGAUCGAAGACAAUGAAUACACCGCCAGACAAGGAGCCAAAUUCCCCAUUAAGUGGACGGCCCCUGAGGCCGCCCUGUACGGUCGCUUCACCAUCAAGUCAGACGUCUGGUCCUUUGGCAUCCUGCUGACGGAGCUGGUGACCAAGGGCAGAGUGCCAUACCCAGGCAUGGUAAACCGGGAGGUGCUGGAGCAGGUGGAGCGAGGCUACCGGAUGCCCUGCCCGCAGGGCUGCCCCGAGUCCCUGCACGAGAUGAUGCGGAACUGCUGGAAGAAGGAUGCGGACGAGCGGCCCACCUUCGACUACCUCCAGUCCUUCCUGGAGGACUACUUCACGGCCACCGAGCCGCAGUACCAGCCCGGGGACAACCUGUAAGAGCGCCCAGCGCAGGGGUCACCACCACCACCCCAAACAUGGAGGAGAGAGAGCGGCUUGGUGCAGUGAUGCCAGCCCCCCCCCCCCCCUUGUUCAUAGAGACAAGUAGCGUGAGCCAGGGUCCCAAACCACUGAGACGCUGUGGUACAUUUCCUCCUUCAGAGACCCCCCCCCCAGCCCCCAAAAACUUAACCUGUCCUUGAAUUUUGGGAGAUUUAUUUUGUUUGCUUUCGUUUUAUUUUUGUUUGUGUUUCAUGUGGAUAAAGUCAUUGUCAAGGGUGUCCUUGUACUCUAUCCAUAGUACAGUUAGGGUCUGUUGCACCUGACCAUUCAUUUCAUUGCAGUUUUUGGAUGGAGUGAGGAUAAAUAUGUUUUGUAGAGAGGAAGCUCUGUGUUCGACACCUUUUGAUCAGCCAACUCUCUCUCUGUCCCAUGUCAUACUAAGCAGCGCAUUGUGUGGUUAUCAACAUUAGUCUGCUGUAGACUAGGGUGUGGGGUUCUGAAACAAAAAGCAAUGGCUGGUUCACAAUUGCACAAAAGUACACUUACUUUUUAUGAAACUUUAUUUCAGUUUCUAUUUUUUUGUAUUUUCUUCUCCACAACAGUAAAAUCUUUUUUUUUUUUAUUAAUGAACAAGAUGACAGAUCGAGGUUAAUAUCAGUGUCAUGUAGUCAUUUCAGUUGAUUUAAUUUUUUUCUCCCUUUCUCUUCUGUUUAGUUUCAAUAGUGAGUUUUAUCAAGUGACCAAUAACUGUGGUAGAUCAUGGGAGAUCAUGUCCUUGCGACUGGUGUGUGAGAGAAUGUGUGAGAGGGACAAAGAUGAAGUGUCGAAUGAAUCAAGGAACAAGUGAGGACAGUAGCCAUUUUGAAUGUAUUCUGAAUAAACUGUGGGACAUGGGUUUUUGAGAGCAUAUGCAUUUGAUUUUUAAAAGGGUGAUCAAUGGGAUAGAGGUGCAGCGAUUUAGUGUUGCGUGUCUGUAUGUGUUUGCUUUUUCUACACUGGUGGCAAGUCAUGAGUGAAUUUUUAAGAAAAAGAAAGUUGUAUGAUUUUUCUUUCUCAGAUUUAAAAAAAAGAAUAUUCAUGAUUUUUUUGACAACUUGAAUCAUAUCAUAGAAAAACUGUUGAAGGGCUGUGCAGAAAAUGUUUAAAUUUUUACUUCUUUUUUUUUUUGACAUUUUGAUUUGGUAUAAUUGUAUUCUGCAGCUAAUAUCUCCGGUUACAUAUAACUGAAUGACACUAAAUUCUUAGUUAAUUUACAUAAUUGACCAAUGAGGAGUCAACAAUACAGUAGGAAGAUGCCAACGCGUUGAAAGUAUCAUGGUCCUUCUGCAUUUCACUGCAUCUUUCUAGUAUGUUCUUGACUCUGUACUUACCAGUUGCCCAAUGCCUCCAUUUUGUGUCAUCGCUGAGAGAGUGGUCAUGGGCUUAUCGGACACACUCAUUUUUUUAACAAAUGUUUGAAAAGUGUCCAUAAACAGUGUUUUCAAUGUAAUUUGCCAAAAGUAAAUUUAAAUAUGGUUCCUCUGGUCCCAUCUCAAAACGAUGAGACAUAUCCAACCAGAGGUCACCCUUCAGUGUUCAUAGGAGAGUGGGGGUUGACCACAUGCCCAGUGCUGUUGCCCAGCCCAGUAGGUUUACCCUCAGCUCAUCUUAAAGCUUCCGCCACAAAACAUUUGCACUCCCACUUCAAGUUGGUCUGUGUCACCUAGGAUAUCUCAUUGCUCAUAAACAAGCACAGAUAUCAUGGUAGGAACAUCCUCAGCCUUGUCCCAUCACAUUCCACCCUGAUUUCAUUGCCAUCAUCAGCAAAGUAAAAGUAUCUGCAACAUCUAGAGUAUGUCUACCACCAGUCAACAUACUGUAGCUUACAGCUUAGUUACUGCUUUUAGGAUUACAAAUGGCUUGUCUAUUGUGAAGUUUUAUCUGUGACUAGGUUGCAAGAAGGUUAUGAGAAAGUGUUGGAACUUGCCUUGUCACAUUGUUGCAGAGCUGUGAAAUGGCUUCCCCAAUGUCAAAUGUACUCCUUGUUUUUGUGUAAUGCUGUGGUAUGUUUUCAAGUUGGAUGAGUCAAGUCACAUCUUGUGUUCAGCUCCUGUGUCUGUGCACUGUACGCAUUGUUGAAAGUGGAAUUGUAUGAGGUGGAUUGCCGGAAGGAACAAAGAUGGAUUUUCUGUAGGUUUUUACUACCUGUACUGGAACAUGUGUUGUGCUGUAGUCUCUGUAGACAGAGCCUGUGAUGCCUAUGGGAGAUGCACUGGGCAAGUCUCACCAUUUUGGUCAAAAUAACCCAAUUUACCACUUUUCCUACUGAGGGAGGAUUUGAUUUUUAUUUUUUUUUUGUCUGACUGUACUGUGACACUUUAGUCUUCAGGGAGGGCUGAAAUGUCAUCUUAGUAGAGAUCCAUAUAUCAGCCCUCUUUGUUCUUCUACCAUCCAUGUUUCCCAGACAUAAUCCCAUUUUUUCAAAAGGGCUACGGUGUUAAAUUCUUUGUUUUUUUAGAGCUCUCAAAAUAAUGGAGUGGAAGAUGCUGGAACAGAGCCCUGGGAGUCCAGCUUGGAGAGCAAGAUGGCUACACUUACUAAUCUGAAGAAGUUGUACAGUGACAAAUAAUAAACUUUUAUGUAAUGCUUUUA